AUGAGUCAACUACAACUACAAGCAGUCUAUCUUAGUCAGAUUCUUCACGAUGUUAGACCACUGUUUCACUAUAUCAUCAGACCAUUGUUACGUGCAGCAGUGCUUGUGAUGACAUUCUGUGAUCUUGCACCAAAAACACUGGAUCACCGGGUCUUUACUUUUAUUAAUGUGAAUCGUCGGCAGAAACGAUUGCCGUCGAAGCAACUGCAAGAGCUGAUACAGCUGAAAAAGAGGAGACAAGCAGAGCUGAAGAAAGAACAAGAAAUUAGAGAAAAGUUGGAGAAAAAGAAAAGUAAAGAACAAAAAUUAGGUGAUCAAAAGCUCAAAGAGAAACAAGAGCUUGAAGGAAAAAGAUUAUUGCAGAAGAAGAAGCGGCUAGAUACAUUGAAACAGCAACGCGAAUUAAAACGACAACAACAACGAGAGAAGAAAUGUCGCCAACAAGAAUUGCGGAGAAAAUACGAGCUCAAGCUUAUGCAAAAACAGCAGUUUAUAGAACAGCUUGAAGACGAGGACUUCCUAGGCAACCAGCAAGUUAUAUUAGAGGCCCAAUCUGAGAAAAUCGAAGAUAUUGAAACAGAUGUCACACCUUUACUGCAGUUCGCCAAGCCUAAUUUGUCGGAGACUGAGUUCGUGAAACAUUUACAACGGUAUAUUAUGGAACCCGGUUUAUUACGUCUCUAUGGCUACCCAACGGAGAGCACCACUCACGAAGGCUGCAUCGAAAUUUUUAAGUAUAUACCUCAUCAGUUUGGUUUACGAGGAAGCAACUCGAGCGAGUCGGAAAACAGUAGCAGUUCACGUUCACCCUCAAGAAGCUCGAAUUCAGGAGAUAGCUAUUCAACAGCAACGGACUGCGAUUCCACCGAAACAAGUGAAGAUGAAGAAGACGUCUUCGAAGAAACAAAGAAAAUAUGCGCAAGAUGUGGGCGUUUGUUUCACGUUACCGAUUGCUUUGAAUAUGUAAGCCACAAAAGCUGCACCUUUCACUGGGGUAAACUAAAUGGUACAUACAGCAAAGGGGGUUAUACCACACAAUACACAUGUUGUGCAGGCGCUAAGGAUUCGGAAGGCUGUGAACGUCACUCACAACACGUAUGGAGCGGUGUUGUCAACGGUAUAAAUGGGCCUUACAGUGAUUUCGUGCACACGCUGCCACGUGCAGGUAAAACAGCUGGCGCUUCCAAAGUGUACGCAUUGGAUUGUGAAAUGUGUUACACCGAGCGUGGACUCGAAGUAACUAAAGUCACAAUUGUUGGUUACGACGGUCAGGUGGUUUACGACCAUUUUGUGCGGCCCACAGACAAAAUUGUUGAUUAUAAUACACGCUUUUCCGGUGUAACCGCAAGCGAUCUAUGUAAAAAUAAAAACAAGAAUUUGAAAACCCUCAAAGAAGUUCAAAAGGAUUUGCUGCAACUGAUCGAUGCCGAUGCCAUACUCAUUGGUCAUGGCUUGGAGAACGAUUUGCGUGCGCUGAAGAUUGUUCAUAAAAAAGUUAUCGAUACAGCAUACGAGUUCCCACACCCCUUAGGUUUCCCAUAUCGCCGUUCGCUUAAAAGUCUGACUAAAAAAUACCUAAAACGCGAAAUUCAAUGUGGGAAUGAGGGUCACGAUAGUUUGGAAGAUACGCAAGCAUGUUUGGAGCUGAUGAUGUGGAAAGUGCGUAAAUACAUAGAUCUAGCGUAG